GUCGGUUACGCCGGUGGUGGCGGUGCUUCACUUAUGAAACUGCGCAAGCGCACUCAAUCUUGCGGUAAUCCUGCCUGGAGUAGCACGUCGUUCAGUAGAAAAAUAAAAUUUUGUGUAAGUUCAAACGGAUACAGUACAAGGGUGAAGGAACUUAUUUGAAAGCACAUUCUGUGGAUUUAGACUUUUCCGGAUAUUUCGGAUUUACGAUAUUUCAGAAUAGAUAGAACAAUGGCGACGAUAGUAAGAACUAUAACAAGUUAUUACCAUUACAUUAAUGAUGAAAUUGCAGACCCACGGACCAAUAAUUUCCCUUUGGUAUCAAGUCCUUUACCAAUUCUGUUGAUCAUGUACUUAUAUCACCAAUUCGUUCGGAAAUGGGGACCUAGUUUUAUGGCCAACCGACAACCGUACAAUCUCAAGAGCCUAAUUAUAGUAUACAAUAUAGUGCAAAUAUUUUUAUCCGGCUACUUAACAGUAGAGUGUCUGACCAGGCUGUAUUUAAGCGGCCACUACAGCAUGUGGUGUCAGAAGAUCGUUUAUGAUGAGAGCCCACUCGAACUGUUGGUAGUACGACGCGUCUGGCUCUACUACGUGAUCAAAGUCAUCGAUUUGUUAGACACGGUAUUCUUUGUGCUGCGAAAGAAAUUCUCUCAAGUGUCCUUCUUGCAUGUUUAUCAUCAUAUGGGGAUGGUCUUACUCGGGUUCAUAGGCACCAAAUAUAUCCCAGGUGGUCACGGUGUGAUGCUCGGCUUUAUUAAUUCCAUAGUCCACGCUGUGAUGUACUCUUACUACUUGAUCUCGAUAGUACGGCCGCAGUGGGUGCGACAGUGGUGGAAGAAGUACAUUACGCAACUGCAAAUCGCGCAGUUUCUAUUCCUCAUCUUGCACUUCGGACACGUGCUGUUCGAGCCAUCAUGCGAGUACCCCAAGUGGAUUUCCUUCAUGUUCCUGCCACAUAACAUAUUUAUACUAUUUCUCUUCUCAGAUUUUUAUAUCAAAGCUUAUGUUUUAAAGAAAAAUAAAACCAAGUAGCGAUUAAUAAAAUAAUAAGUUUAGGGUCAAAAGUGUUUGAAUGUGUAUCUAUUAUCACUGAUUACACUGUGACGUCCAUUACAUCUCUAAUGCGUUGCCAUUCCAGAAGUGUUGUUUGUUAACAACAAGUUCACUACCCAGUAUUUUUCAAAUUGAAUUACAACCGUGCUAAUUGAAUGGACGCAGAAACACAAGUGGGACAGUGGUACAACUUUUAUACAAAGUCUACCGUUGUUUAACGUACAUGUACCUAAUACCAAACCAAAUCAAUUUACUAUUCAAAUUAAACAUUUAAUUUUUUUACAUUUAAUCAUUAGAACGAAAUUUUUAAAACAAAUAUAUGUAUAUUUUAUUUACAUUAGAAGCAAAUUAAGUCGGCAGCAACCAUAAAGUUGUCGAUGAUUUGAACAGAUUUUUACUAAACAUUACGUUUUUAUAUUUAUAGUCAAUUUUACCAUUAAACUUUUUUUUAAAUAAAAUAGUUUGGAUGUGAAUGAUGAAAAAAUUGAAGAUCACAACCGUUAUUAAAAAUUAAUCAAGUGCAAUUUCAACUGACACACCGAUAGUUCCGCAAUAGAUAAAAGAAUUAAUUAAUUUCCUUUUUUUUUUCUAUGAUUCUGUAGAUAGAAUACUAAUAAAAUUAGUUUUAAUUUUUUUUGUAAAGCUUACGCAAAGCUUUACUAAAGUGGGUACCACCAUAUUAUAACAUAAAAAUAUAACUAAUAAAAAUAAUUGCAUCGUA